AUGGCUAACAAACACGAGGCCUCUACCGAUUACAAAGAAGCAUUCUCGCUCUUUGACCGCCGCGGCAAUGGUCGCGUCGCUCUUGAGCAGCUGGGCGAUCUGCUCCGCGCUUGCGGCCAGAAUCCCACUCUGCAGACCAUCUCAGACCUUCAGAGCCACAUGGGCGGCGACUUCGACUACGAUUCGUUCGUCAAGGUUCUCAACCGCCCCGACGGUUGGCGAGCACCCCAAGGCCCGGAGAUAUACACUCUUGGGUUCAAGACGUUUGACAAGGAAAAUACGGGCAAGAUCGGCUCUGGACAAUUGAAAUAUGUCCUGACCAACUUCGGCGAGAAGUUUACCGAAGCCGAGGUCGAUGAUCUCUUCAAGGUUAUUGAUGUCGACGAAAACGACGAGAUCGACUACAAUGACAUGGUCCUGAAGAUUCUGGAACAAUGA